AUGGCCGAAGCCCUCGUCGAAGCAGGCGCUCAAGUCCACUGCGCCGACCGUCUGCCCGGACCCGAUGAAGAAUUUCAAAAGGCAGAAAAACGUGCAAACCCAGCCUUUGGCAGCUCGUUGCACUACCGACGCAUCGACGUCAGGGAUGUGGAUAAUGUGGCCAAGACGUUCGCGGAGAUUGGAGAGUUGAAUAAUCGGUUUGAUGGCAUAUUGGCUGCCGCGGGGGUGAAUCAUGUCGAUAAAGCGGUGGCGCAUACACCGGACGAAGUCAAUGAGGCGACGAGCAUCAAUUAUACCGGUGUCUUUGUCUGUGCGACCGAAGCGGCGAAGCAGAUGAUGAAAUACAAAUGUCGGGGCACAAUCUUGCUGGCCGCGAGUAUGAGUGGUAUGAUUGCGUACAAGGGUAUGACCUCGCCGGUGUACAACUCGUCAAAAGCAGCUGUCAUUCAACUCACGUGCAGUCUGGCGAUGGAAUGGGGCGAAGUGAACGAAAAUGGAGAAGGCGGUAUUCGUGUCAAUUGCCCCUGUCCGGGCCAUAUCAUAACCCCUAUGGUCCUACAAGUGUUUGGGGAAGAGCCAAAGUCGAAGGAAGUAUGGUAA